AUGCUGUUACAAUGCGCGGAAGCCCAUAGAAAACCUCGAUGGCUUCCUGUGGCGAAAAGCAAAAUAUAUCGCAUACCGAAGCGACCUGUUGUCAGUGAAGAAGAACGUAUUGAGCUAUUGAGGAUUAAUAACAAUUAUAAAACGCAAAUGCGUGCAAUAAGACGCUUUUAUCAUGAAGAAAUGAUAAAGGAAAGGUCCACACUCGAAAGUGCUAGUUCGGAAAUGUCACUACGCUUGGAAGCCGAAGAGUGGGAGCGAUGUGUUCAACUCAAUGAUAAAUGGAAUGCUCAAGUAGCUGCAGAGCGCGAGGAGAGGAGGAAAAAAGAAUUUGAAAAAAUGGAAGAAUAUGCACUUGCGCGAAUUGAGGCUAAGGACAAAGAGCUAAAAGAGAAAAUUGCACAGGCGUCUGAAAGGAUUAGGCGGCAAAAGGAACUCAGCACAACAUUUAUCACACCAGAGACUUUGGAUGAGGCAAUAGACCAUGCACUGGCCAAUCCCACAGAUUACAAUUUUGCUAUUGACUUGGAAGGCCAGCAAUACCUCGGAAGAGACACACCCAUACCAAGUAAAGAACAGAAGCGGAAAGCUGCAGGAAAUAAUUAA